ACCUAGAUCCUGCCCUAUUUUCACAAAAAGGCACAAGCUUUUCUUCAGCUACGGUUAUGUGUGUGCCGGUGCUGUUAGUACCCGGCUGUGUAACUUGAUAGGGGGCAUCGAGAGGGAUAAGGGAAUGUUGAGUUGCAAUGGAGCAGAGUACGAUACAGUGGUUAGGUGCUCCUAGCUGCCUCCGAGGCUCCUUUGCCUUUUAUAAGUCAGUGGGUUGCAAGCAGGAAUCCGGGGGUGCGACUCGGGUCUGGGAGCUCGGGGAGUUCUACUUCAUGCGCUGUGGCCCUCAGGAGCCGGUGUGUAUAGCGGAGGUCACAUUGCUGUGGGAAGAUCAGACGCAGCGCCGCCUGCUGGCCAGUUCCAGACUCUACUUCUUACCUGAGGACACUCCGAAGGGCAGAGCAGUGGAGCAUGGAGAGGAUGAAGUCAUCGCUGUAUCAAAAAAGAUUGUAGUCAGAGUGGAGGAUCUGGUGAAGUGGACUUGUCAGGAACCGCCACAGUGGAAGCACAGCAGUCCAGACAUUCCCGGCCCGCUGAUGGGCUCUGAUGGGUCACAAGAUGCUAGUUCUCCACAGGAAGGCAAAACGGAGAGUGACGACGAGUCUCUAGAAGUACAGCAGAAGGUCAAGGUCCUCAGUUACCCCCAGUACUGCCGUUUCCGUUCCCUUCAAAGCCGCGUCCCGGAUCAGGCUAGCUGCCCUGGUCUGCAGGACCCCCAUCUGCUGGCUCUGGGUGGAAUAAAAGUGGCCCUCCAAAACACACGAGUCCUCUACUGUCGGGAUACCUUCAACCACCCUACUCUAGACAGCAAUGCUAGCAUACUGACACAGCUUGGAUGCUCUUCUCUCAGUCUGAAGGGGAGACCUCGUAAAAGAAAGGGCAGGGAUGGCCAAGGAUCCGAUCAGCAAAACAAUAACCAUUUAUCAGAGUCAUGGAUGGAAAGAAUGAAGGAGAAUGUGAUGGGCAGUGUGGAGAUGCAUUGGGAUGGGAACUGGCUCCCACAUCCAGAAGAGCAGCUCUUCCUGGAUCAGCUAUUUAUCUUUAUGGAGCGGAGGGGUUCCCCUAUAAGCAAAGUUCCCAACCUGGGUUUCAAAAAGAUUGACCUUUUCCUCAUGUAUUCAGUUGUAAAAAGACUGGGGGGAUAUGAGAGGGUGACAUCGCACCGUUUGUGGAAGACCGUGUACAAUGAGUUGGGUGGAAGCCCAGGCAGCACCAGCGCUGCCACCUGCACAAGGAGGCAUUAUGAAAGGCUGAUGCUCCCUUAUGAACUGUAUGUAAGGGGAGAAAACCCAGAACUUGGCAAGCCCAGAGCUACAUCUUUCUCACCCACUACCAUCAAAAAGACUGUACGGGGGAGAGGGGUGUCAAACAGCCCAAAAAAGAAUGCAGUUACAAACCAGGCCUCACCGCCAGAUGGUGGUGGUGUUGUUGUUGUACGGAAAAGAGGAAGACCACCUGGAAAACGCAAUGCUAAAGUUCUGGCCAGAGGCAGAGUUGGAAGACCGCCCUUGCAUCCCAAACCUCCCUCAGAGCAACCAGAAAGACCCCAUCAGGAAAUCGUGCAGCCAUUGACUAUUUUUCAAGAACUGAAGCUCACCAACCAUCCUCAUGGCCAAGGUCUGUCCCUAGUACCCUCUAAUAUGGUGCUCCACCAACCCGUACUGGGGCGAGAGGUGAAGACGGAGACUGUAGAACCUCAAGCUCCCUCUUUUCUGUCGGUUCCUUGCAAGUUGCUGGCAGGUGGUUCCCUUGAAGGAUUCAGUCCCACUAAAGGACUGUGUCCUUUGGACCUCUUUAGAGCCCGUCUCGGCCUCAAUGGAGUGAGUGCUCAUGAGGUAACUCCUCAAGAUUCUUCUACGCCCCACCAGACAAUUAUGGUCCAUCAGCCCAAAGUCAGUACACCCGAGACCCCUGAGAGUCUCCAGCACCAGUGUUCAGGGUGUAGUUUGGAUGCCACGUCCCAAAACGGAGGACUGGCCAUGACCAGAGCCCCCCUGCCCCCUCUUAGGAUCCUUCCGCUUGACAUCGGCUGUAGCCUACAGUUGCGUCAACUGAUGCGCACCCGUCUUGGCUCGACACACAUGAACACCUUCACCAAGAGACUUUCUGAAGUUCUGGCUCAGGAUCUUGGCAAGACCUCCCAACCCAACGGGAGUGCACCUCAAGAUCAAUCCCUUCCACUGAACCUGAGCAAGAGAGCCAUUACCAAGAGGUCUGCUGGAGACAUGGAGUUCACCGAACUGCAAGGUCGGGAUGUCCAGUCUAUGACCAAGAGACCAAAGGUGGAAACUGAGGAUCUCGGAGCAUCUCUAAAGUGGAAUGGCAUGUCCUUUCUGGUGCCUUUGAACCAAGAUGAGCCAGCUGAUCUUAGCUCUCCUAGCAGGGCCAGAGCUUUGGUUCAGGACAGGACCAAUGUGGCUUUGACUCUUCCUGAAGCCACUUGUUUCUCUUUAGUGCCCAAAUUGGAUGUCCCCCUUGAAAAUCCCUACAGUAUUGGUGCUUCCCCAGACUCUCUACCUUGUAUUUAUCACAUGAAUCAAGUGGAAGACAAGACCAGUGUAAGCACAGUGACAGUUAAGAACGAACCAGAGAGCGCAUCUCUGGAUUCAAAUCUAGAACCUCAAUCAAACAGUGACCUCUACUCGCAGUGUGUACCUACUGAUGAUAUCAAAGAGUCGGAUGCAGUUUCCUCUCUCAAAGUACUCUCUAGUUCCCUCCUUUCGAAGCCAUCUAGCUGUUAGCAUGCAGGCAUGGGAGCGUUACUAACUCUUGCAUACUUUAUCACUCCUCUCUUCUCUGCCUUUCCCGCAAACACGUUUGUGUUGCGUAUGAUCAAAGAGACAGUUCUGCAGAUGCAUUGCUAUCUGCUAAUUACCUGCUUUUAAAACACUACUAAACUCUGAGCUGAUGCAGGUGGCCAUGGGUUUUUACCAAAGAUAAGGUGCCUUGAACUUGAUUAUUCUAUAUUUUAGUACUUUUUAAGUUGAAACAUAUGCUGUAGAUAGUGGAUCAUCAAGUGGCCAGCCAAUAAAGGACAUUUAAUAUGA